AUGCAACAAAAUGUUAGUCAAUAUCCUAAAAAUGAUAUAUGGCGUUUAUAUGAAAUACGUGCACGUAUUUAUACAUUAUUACAACGACCAAAUGAAAAUACAAAUUUAUUAAAUAAUGAAUAUGUUAAUGAAGAACAAGAAAUAAUUGAUAAAUUAUAUGAACGUACUAAACAAUCAUCAACAUUACCAUAUGAACCUUUACUUUUAUUACGUUCAUUACCAUUAUUACUUGCACAUAUUGGUUUAUCGGUUUGUUUAAUGUAUAAAAUGGUUUUAGAAUUUGCUGCAUUAACACAACAAUUAUAUCCUCAAAUACUUGUAUAUACAGUUUUUGCUUUUUUUAUUUCGUGCUUUAAUUAA